GUGUAUUGGUAACGUUGUUGCUAAGGAGCCACACACACAGCGUCCUGAUAGAGCUGCAUCGUCCUGGCCAUCAUUUUAUCAUCUGGGAACCUUUUUCAGAAAUCUCACCAUGGCUAGGCUUGUCACAGCUCCAACCCGCUUCACUCAUGAAGACUGGACGAGGUCAAACCUCACCAAGUAUGCAAAUGCCGAUGUGGAAAGGCAACAGGCAGAGAGGCUCAUUGCUGAAUCUGACAGGCUGAAGGGAGAAACGGCGAAGAAAACAGAGAAGACUCAAGCUGAUGUAGACAAAAAACUUGAACAGCGCCUGAAUGACAUCCGCUACUGGAAGACGGAAUUAGAUGACAAAUUAAAAGGAAUAACAAAAGAAAUCGAAAAUUUGGAAGCCUUCAAACAGAGAGUUGAUAAAGCCCUACAGGCAACUGAGGAGCCUUUGCACAUUGCUCGGAUGUGUCUGGCAAACAGAGAGAAACGUGUUGGAAUUGACUUGGUACAUGAUGAUGUACAGAAGGAACUGCUGAAAGAGGUGGAGACAAUUGAGGGUGUUCAGAACUUGCUCAGAAGAACAUUGGAGCAGGCCACAGAACAACUGAGGCUGAACCGCAAAGCAAAAUACCAGCUGGAUAAGGACCUGAAGGACAAGCUUGGAGCUCAAAACAUUGAUGAAUACUGUGAAAACUUGCGAAACAACUCACAGAACAUCCACUUCAAUGACUCAGCGGCUGUCAUAGAACCCAACUCAGUGUCCCCCGAGCAGUGGCAAGAUUUUUCCAAUGACAACAUCAACUAUGCAGAGCGGGAGAGAAUGAACUCCGUUGACCUUCGAUCCAGCAUUGACGGUCUUCUUCAACAGACAAGCAAUGACAUGCGCAAACAGGAAGACGACACAAACGAGGCGUUUGCCAACCGGAUCUGGGAGUGCAAGGAUACCAAGGGGAAGCUGGAGGAUAACCUCAACAAAGUUAUCGCCCAAAUCAAAGAGCAGGAGGAGAAUAUCGCGACCUUGGAGCUGGCCAUCCAGGCGAAGGAGGCGCCGAUGAAGGUCGCACAGACCCGUCUCGAGACCCGGCAACACCGCCCCAACGUUGAGCUGUGCCGCGACGCUGUGCAGUACAAACUUAUUGAGGAGGUCAACGAGAUCAGCGACUCGGUGGCCCAGCUGCAGGCCAGGCUGCGUGACGCCAAUAGCUCGCUCAAGGGCCUCGUGCGCAACCAGCUGGAGCUGGAGGAGGACAUCGCGGUCAAGGCCAAUACGCUGUUCAUCGACGAGGUUGAGUGCAUGGGCAUGCGCAAGAGCAUCAACAUUCAGAAUUUUUAGUCAGUUGGGAAUGGAAAGAGGGGGAGGUUAUUUUAGGGGAUUGAUUGCUUAAUGAAUGACACAAUGGUGAGGUAUUCAGUUUAGGGUUCAGCUAUAAAUUUGAGCUACUUUAGAAAGGACUCUCCUGAAGAAAUGAACUUAGUUUUUGGGGUUUUUAAAAAAAGAUUUUAGUGCAAAAUGUUCAAUUUGAGAGAAAAAUAACAAAACAUAUUUGUGAAGAAAGUUGGAGUGGUGGCUUUUACUUUAUGUAGCAAUAUUUAUAUUUUUGAAAAAGUACCUAGAGCAGGUAGACUUAUAAAGUGAUCUGUCUUUCAGAAUAUUUUGUGUUAGUGUACAGUAAAAGAAAGACUUUGUGAAACAUCAGUGCCUGCAUCACAGGCUUGUAUUGUUUAAUGUGCACUCCAAGCGAUAAAGGCUGUUUUUAAAAAUUAGAAACUCUCAAGAACAUACUUUGUACAUUUAUACCUCUUUCUUACCAUCAUCAAUAGUUCUGUAUUUUAUCAUGUAAUUAUUAGAUUCUGAAAGCACUCAAAUUUGGUUUCUGGUGACAUUUACUGUGUUGUCCAUUUGACUAUAUUGUGGGCUUACCUCCCUGAGGUUUUGUUCUUAUAAAUACACAUGAUAUAACUUUACCCAAAUUGCCAUGUCCCAAAAUCAGUAUUCUGUGAGUGGUGAAAAUGGUUGAUGCUAUAUAAUAAAUUCAGGUAAUGUAUGUAAGAAAUAUAAGGAAAAUACUUAUAUUAUUUCUGCUUCAAUGUGGUGGCAAAUCUGAUGUUGUCAGAAGCCACUAGUUUCCAAAAUGUUCACAGAGAAUUUGUUUGACAGGAGCACAAUUUUGAAGCAAAGUAGAGGUGUUUUGUUAAUGUGAAAAAAACUGUUUGUUGACAUCUUUUGAUAUAAACUCAUCACCACUUAGUUUGUCUUUGAGAAUGAUGUAUUUAUGAGUCUCUUUAAUUUGAGAACUUGUUUUCUAUUGAUCAGCAUGUUCUCAGUUAUUUCGCUCAUCAGAUUUUUCUCUGGGUUUUUUUUCUCCAACACGCUUAUGAGUCUGUGAUAACUUAUGAAAAUGAAGGCGACGUCAUAUGACAAAAACUUCUUUUAGUUAAUUUUGAUUUACCAUGACUUGAGGUUUAUUCUCACUACCGGUAUGGCGCAUAUUAUUACUGAACUGGUCCGUUGCUGCAAAAGUACCUAUAAAUAUUAUUUCCCAAUACGAUGCAAGUAAAGUUGUUUGUUAUUUUCUGACAUUGUGUAAUUGUAUUAUUAAUGAGCUGCAUACUUUUUUUUUUGAGCAAUGGAAAAACUGCUGAGUGAUAGCGCCUCUGUUGUCUCUCUUAGGUUGGCAAUAAAAUCACGUCUAACAAAA